AUGGUUGAUUCUAUAUCGCGUAUCACUUCUGCGCUAGAGUCUGCGAAAGAAAUGACGCUAGAGGCGGCCGCGAUCGCACAGUCCAAACUGGGCGAAUCGUCUUACCAAAGGUACUCUCAGAGGAUUUCGCCGCAAUCACUGCCGAAUUUACUCAAUUCGCGUAAUCCGCGUGAAGUCAAGGACGGUAUGAAAAGAGUGGUGUCUGUGAUGGCGUCUGGCGACGAGGGUGCGGCUCUCGAGGGUUAUUUUGCAGAUGUGGUCAAGAAUAUCACGUCUAAUGACGUUAAGAUUAAGCGGCUCGUGGCAGUGUAUUUGCAACGUUUUGCGGAAAGGGAUCCGAAUCUAGCACUUUUGUCGAUUAAUAGUAUACAAAAAUCUAUUUCAGAUUCGAACCCCGAAGUGCGAAGCCUGUCUUUGAAGGCGCUCUCGGACAUCAGAGUUCCAGCACUCUAUCCCAUAAUUUUGCAUUCCAUCAAAAAAUCUAUGACUGAUGCUUGUGCUGAUGUGCGCAGUACUGUAGCGUUGGCACUUUUAAAAAUUUACCGCGAACAGGGUGACGAAGUCGCAGACGACGUCUUACCCCUGACACAGGACUUGCUGUCUGAUGCGGAUCCACAGGUCGUCUCAGCGGCGAUUCUACUAUUCAAAGAAGCAUUCCCAAAGAAACUUGAAUUGCUUCAUGGUCAUUUUCGCAGAUUCUGUGAAAUUCUUCCGCAACUUUCAGAAUGGGCACAAGUUUCAAUGAUAGAAUUGCUCAUAAGAUACUGCAAGGAGUUUCUGCCAAGACCUCAGAUUAUCGAUUCCUCCAAUCCAUCAAGCGUUAUCUUAUUGCCUUCUUUGUACAACACAAUUCCGUUUGCUAUCUACGACGUCUCGUUAGAUCCUGACCUGGAAUUAUUUCUUGACGCAGCACGCAAUCUCAGACACUCUGCAAAUGCAGCGCUCAUCGUGUCCAUAGGCAAGGCUUUUUUUUACCUUUCCCCUCCUUUGUCGUUCAAAAAUUCUAAAAUAUCAACAGCGCUUGCCAAUUUGAUUACCACUUCCGAACAGACCGGUUUGAAGGUUGUUAUUCUUCAAUGCAUUUUGGUUUUCUGUUCCCGAGACCCGACGCUUUUUCAAGCUUAUAUCAAGAGAUUCUUUGUAUUCCCCUCAGAUGACGCUAUGGCUGCUGUUACCAAGAUCAAGAUUCUAUCCUUCCUUCUAACCCUUCAAAACGCUAAGGAAGUUGCUUCAGAAAUCAAGUUCAUAAUUCUGAAUGAUUCUCGCGACACAGUUAUUCAGGAGGCCUUAAACGCCUUGGCGAUGUGUUCUCGCCUUUCUCAGUCGUGGUCCAACCAUAUAACGCGUUGGCUGUUGAAAUACAUGGGGAACGAAAACACGAUGCGCGCCAUGGAUGCAUACGUAAACGUGAUUCGUUCUUUAAUCCAAACAGAUCCUAAAAGUCAUUUGAAUACGAUGAUGGGGCUGUCAGAGAUUCUUUUCAAUCACGAGAAUCUUUCUGCCACGGCAAAAGCCGGGAUCAUUUGGUUAUUCGGCGAAUUUUCUGAAAUCGAAUUCAGUAUUUGUCCAGAUGUUUUGCGAAGAUUCAUCCAGACGUUCUCUUCUGAGGGUCGAGAGGCAAGAAUGCAAAUCGUCCUUUUGGCUGCUAAGCUACUUUCUCGUGACAUUGAUAACUUCAAGAAUUCUGAGGAAGACGACAAAGAGUAUGACUUUGGCGCUUCAAGAUUAUCUCAAAUGUUUAACGCGGUGCUCUACCUCGCUAAGUUCGACGACGAUUUUGACAUAAGAGACAGGGCCCGCCUUCUUUCCUCUUUAUUUGAAAAUAACCGUCAAGUCAUCGCAUCUCUUCUUCUUCAAGUUCCGAAGGUUGCUCCGGUUGGCAUGAAAACAACAGAAUCCUCUGAAAUGGAUGAUAUAAUGCAAUUCUCAGCUCUGGGACUUGAUUCGGACAUCGAAGACUACUUUACUCGCAUAGAGUGGUCUGUAAAUUUAGGUGAAUAUGAUUCAUCUGUGCGAGAACCGGUACCACUCAAGGAUUAUUCCAGGCUUAAGACAAGUUUUUCUAGCAAAACUUACUUCGGCUCGAGCACACCAGAAAGAACGACGAAGGGCGUUUCUCAUGAGAGUAGUUUUUCACAAAACACAUUAACGACCACCACUGGAAGGAAAUAUAAAUUGCAGAGCCUGGAUGAAUUCUUCUCGGACGUACCCGCGGAGAAACCCAAAGUUAAGAGGAUCGUUGUCGAAGAGGAGUCUUCAAACGAAGAUGAUGAUACAGAAACGUCUGAUGACGAGGAUGAUGAAGACGAUGAUGACGAUGUUUCCGAAGACGCUGAAAGCGAAAAUGAUUAA